UCAACAGAACGGAAGAAAUUAAAUGGUGAUGCGCCUUCUACUGAGCAAAGAUUGAGAAAGAAACCCAAGCUAAUAGAAACUAAUGUAUGGAGCAAAUUACAAUUACAGAUAUCACUUUGGAAUUCUGUAUGAUUUCCUUUUUCUUUCUUGAACUGUACAUAAUAAGAAGAUCAUAUCCCCCAAAAGGAACAACAACGAGGAUUACUAUAACACAGAGGGAGUAGCAAUGAUAGCAAAACGGAGACAAUAUUUUGCUAUCCUUCUCUUCAUUUAUCUCCUCUUCUGUUUGUCUCAGUUUGCUAUAUCCCAACAUUCAUGGAAUACAAAUUUCAGUCGUUUAAAUUCUACUGCCGGACUUUCCUCUUUAUGGAUCAACAGGCCAUCUCUUCUGAUAAAUUCCACCGAGGACUUCUAUGGGUCGACACCCAUACUUCUGCGAGGAACUGCCGGCCCACGAUUCCUCUGUGGCUUCUACUGUAAUUACAAUGCCACAGAAUGCUUUCUUGGUGUCCUCUUGUUCCACAACAGAUCCGACGGGCAGAACGAUAUCAUAAAUUUUCCCCAGUUAGUUUGGUCUGCUAAUAGGAACCAUCCAGUGAAAGCCAAUGCAACCUUGCAACUAGGCCGAGAUGGCAAUUUGGUCUUGGCAGACUCUGAUGGCACUCUUGUUUGGUCCACUAAUACUACUGGCAAAUCUGUUUCAGGCUUAAACUUGACAGAAAGAGGGAAUCUUAUGCUAUUUGAUAAGAGAAAACGCGCAAUUUGGCAGUCUUUUGAUCAUCCAACGGAUUCUUUGCUUCCAGGGCAGAGUUUAGUUCGCGGGCAGAAGCUCGUAGCAAGCAUUUCAGCAUCCAAUCGGAGUCAAGGUUUGCUUUCUCUUACUAUUCUCAAUGGAAGCUGGGCCACUUACACAGAUACUGACCCACCUCAGUAUUACUACACUUCAACUUACUCUGAUAGUCCUUACUUCAGUUUUGAUGGUCAAACCCUUACUGCUUUACAGUAUCCUCCUACAUCGACGGCUCAAUGCAUGAAGCUUGAGCCCGAUGGACAUUUAAGGGUAUACCAAUGGGCCGUAAUUGACUGGAAAGAGGUAUCUGACAUUUUGAUGCCAGAUGCAGGAAACUGUGGGUACCCAAUGGUGUGUGGAAGAUAUAGCAUUUGUACAAAUAACGGGCAAUGUACUUGUCCGCAAGAGGAAAAUUUCUUCAGGCCUCUUUCUGACAGGAAACCAGAUCUUGGAUGUUCACAGAUGAAAGAGGUUAACUGCGACUCUUCGCGGUAUCAUAGUUUCGUAGAGCUUAAGGAUACUGUAUAUUUUGCAUUUAAGUUCAGUCAUGAACUAAGUUCGAGCAUAUUUUGGCUUGAGGGGAAAAAGUUGGAAGAAUGCAAAAGGGCAUGUCUGAGUAACUGUUCUUGCAAAGCAGCUGUUUUUGAAAAUGAUUGGGAUUCUAAUCGAAUAGGAAGUUGUUUGUUACUGAAUGAAGUCUUCUCUCUCAUAGACAAUGAAGGAGGAAGAGGCAAGACAAUAUUUCUUAAGGUGCAGAAUUCCUCAAUGGCGCUGACUCAGUCUCCAAUCAUUCCUGGAGGAAAGAAAUCAAGACCUUUUAAAGUGAUAAUAGGAGCUACUCUUGCAGCUUUGUUCGGGAUAAUUUUAAGCAUCAGUACUUGCUUUGUUCUGUUCAAAAAGAGGACAGAUAGGUCCCGCAAGGCUGGGUAUUUGCUGGAUCUAGAACCAAUCUUACCUGGAAUGCUAACUCGAUUCUCUUACAAUGACUUGAAAAUAAUUACAGAAGAUUUCAGCAAAAAGCUUGGGGAAGGAGGAUUUGGCUCUGUAUAUGAAGGAACACUGAGUAAUGGAACCAAAAUAGCUGUGAAGCAUCUGGAUGGUGUAGGUCAAGUAAAAGAAUCAUUCUUAACAGAGGUAAACAUAGUUGGUGGCAUUCACCAUGUCAAUUUGGUAAAACUCAUUGGAUUUUGUGCCGAGAAAAGCCACAGGCUUCUAAUCUACGAUUACAUGGUAAAUGGAUCAUUGGAUAGGUGGAUUUCCCAUGAAAAACAAGAAAACGGGCUUACAUGGCUUACAAGGCAAAAGAUAAUAUCAGAUAUUGCCAAAGGGUUAGCUUAUUUACAUGAGGAUUGCAGCCAGAAGAUAAUUCAUUUGGACAUCAAACCACAAAAUAUCCUUCUGGAUCAACAUCUCAAUGCUAAGAUAUCUGAUUUUGGGUUGUCAAAACUAAUCGAGAAAGACAAAAGCAAAGUUGUAACUAGAAUGAGAGGAACACCAGGGUAUCUUGCUCCUGAAUGGUUGAGCUCGAUAAUCACUGAGAAAGUUGAUGUGUAUGCGUUUGGAAUUGUGCUCUUGGAAAUUCUCUGUGGGCGAAAGAAUUUGGAUUGGUCCGAGGCUGAUGAAGAAGAUGUCCAUUUGCUUAGAGUUUUUAGGAGAAAAGCAGAAGAAGAGGAGCUCAUGGAUAUGGUUGACAAAAACAACGAGGAUAUGCAGCUCCAUAAAGAAGAAGUGACAGAAAUGAUGAGCAUUGCUGCGUGGUGUCUUCAGGGAGAUUACACCAAGAGGCCUUCAAUGACAUUGGUGGUUAAGGCACUGGAAGGUUUGGUGUCUGUCGAAUCCAACUUGGAUUACAAUUUCACAAACGUACCUCAGGUUGGGGCAGACAACCAACAGAGGGAAGCCACUAUCAGUAUGAAAUUGGCUUCAGUUUUAUCUGGACCAAGGUAAACAGUAAGCUUAAGAUUUUGUCUUCAAAACCAAUUUAUGGAUGUGUAAUGUCAAUAUUAUAAGAUUUCCAACGUAUAACUUUUUUUUGGUGUGUGAGAUUAAAAUUCAUGAAAUGUAAUGUUAAUAACUUCUGCAUUAGAUUUUUGAGCCUCAUGUUUCUAUCAUGUAGAGGCUCCUUAAAUGGUAUGAGGCAGUAAAUAUAAUACUGUGUCGUUGCAGCUACUCAA